AAUGAUGAAAGUGUGACAGACAGAGAGGGAUAGAUUUAACGGCAUUUCAUAUUUCUACCAUCAAACAACCGACAAACAAGCCUAUUCAUGCUUGCUCUGCUUUAAACAUUGUACAAACUGAAUUUGGAUCGAACACUUGCGGUGCAAAAACCGAACGAUGCCAUUUUACGUACAGAUGCAAUUGUCUUUCUCAUUCAAUCAUAGUUACAUCGCUUAGCCGAAACAACGUACAUUGAGUUUGUAGUCACAAUUCGUGUAAUUUGUCAUUGACACUAAACAGAUCCCAAAGAGAAAAACGGAAAAUUGAUUUGUUCUUACAUAAUUUUGUUGGAUAAAAUCGUACAUGAUGGAUUCGAUUACGUUGCAAUCGUGCGAUGGUAAAAAUUUCGAGAUUGAUCGUGAUGCGGUGAAGUAUAUCGGUAUGAUAAAUGAUAUGCUACAAAAUGUGGGUGAGGAUGGUCUGGAUAACGAAGCAAUCAAAAUACCACAAGUCGAUUCGAUCAUGUUGGAUAGAGUGCUGAAAUGGGCUGCCUAUCGUAAAAACGAAGACCAAACCAAGGUAAAGGACGUGAAUUUUGAAAGAGACUUCAUCAAGGAAAACAAUGUCCAUUUGUUUGAACUCAUCAACAUUGCUAAUUACUUGGACUUCAGCGACAUGCUCCAUUCUCUUUGCCGGAGUGUAGCCCUGAAAGUGAAAAAUAAAUCCACCGCCGAAAUUCGUCGAGAGUUUGGCAUCACCGAAAUGUAAAUUACACCCUCAAAUAUCAAACAUAUAAGCGAUUGAGUCGCAUGGAAACCGUACUUUUUUUCAUAUGAAACUAAAAAAGAUUCAUCAGAACAAUUAUUCAUUGAGAGAAAAAUCGUAAUUAAAAAGUGAAUUGAAGAAAAAUUUGUAGCAAAAAAAAAAUGUUGAAACUGUAAAUGUAAAUGAAACAGCUCCAUUGUUUGGAAUAAAGUGUAAUAAAAUAUGAUGUACCCGUAAGACCAUUGUAACAUUUUUCCAAUUCGAAUUCUUUAGACCGAAAAAAAAACACCGUCCGCUAUCCUCAUGCCAUGAGAAUGUCUUGUUCUUUUGAACGUUUGCAGCAGAAAGCGAAAGAGAGUUGAAAGUAAAAUGAGUAGAGAAUUUAAACAAAAACAAGUUCAAAACAUACACACACAUCAACACCAACACAUGCAACACAAACGUUUCGGGCGCGAAGAAUGUUCACAUGUGAAGAUGUUCAUGUAACACGCACGCCGCUUCGUUGUUUAUGUUCUCCAUUCUGGUCGAGUAGCAGCAAGUGUAUGCUUAUUGUUUCUGUUUUAUUCCGUCUUUAUCUCUGCUUCUCCUUCGUACACACCAAACACCACAGAAAGAAACCGCUUUUUAGUUUAGUUGUCAAAUUGCCAUGGGUACGGUUUGUUUUGUUGGUUGAAAACACAACGUUUUCCAUGGUGUUUUUGUGUGUGAAGAGUUGAAAAUCGGGAAAUGUUCAAAUUACCAUCAAAUUAUUAGCACCUGCAUUGUUGGAAUUUAAUGGGAAUAGCGAGCAUUAGCAUAAAAUGACAUUGUAUUUUGAUACGAAAGCACAAUUUCUGGAUGGUGAUGCGGUUUCCACGGAAUGUGUUUGGCAUUUGGCACAACCUUUAUUCGCGGUGGCCUCGUAUAAUCAAGACCGUGGUGCUUGUGUCACCAUAUUCGAUGAUUCGGGUGAACCGCUGCGUGAUGUUACUUAUCCGGUGCAUUCGGUUUCACAAGCAACAGCCUUGUGCUGGCAUCCAGAACGUCGACAAUUAGUGGCCGGUUGGGAGAAUGGUGAAUUGAAUACAUGGAGCGCUGGACAACGGACAUUUUCAUCGAUCCAGAGCACACAUAAAUCGCCAAUCGUUUAUGUUGGUUUCAGUGAACAAGGCGGUCGAAUGGUUAGCGCUGAUUCGAUGGGCAUUCUGAUCGGAUGGCGAUGUGAUUCACACAAUGGCCAAUUCACAUCGAUGUUCACACACGAUCUUCGUGACUCCAUAGUGCAUGUGACCUUUCGAAAGACGGUCAGAAGCCUCGUCACAACUGAAUUGAACAAUUUGGCCAAAGCAGCUGUUGCCGGUGACGAAAUUGCACUCGAUACUCUCGCCAAUUGGAGACCGAGAACCGCAGCUCGUGGGCUAACACAUGCCGGUGUUAAAGAUAAUCAGUGUUUUUACGUGGGUUGCCAAUCGGGUGCUGUGUUUUAUGUAAAUCAAUCCGGUACUUGCAAUGAGGUGUUACGUUGUGAUAUUUCACCCAUCACACAAAUGAUCUGGCAUCCAAAGCGAGAAGUGGUUGUAACACUCAUGGAAGACAUGAUGGUGGGACAUUACAUGGUUGAAUCGGCCGGAACAUUGACUGAGCUCGAGCGAGUCAAGUUAAGUGGAAAAGUUCCAGGGAAAAAUGGAUUUAUUUCAUGGGCAGGCAGUUCAUUGGCGGUUAUUACAGGUGAUUUUACGGUUCGAAUAUUCGAUCUGGACACGAGCGACAGUUUCUUAUUGCCAAUGAAUCAAGUGAAAAAGGACACAACUGAAGCCGAGCCAAUAAAACCGAUUGAACAGAAAGACUAUCCGAUCAACAUGAAGAAACAACGAUCGAUUUUGGAUCGAAGCUUCGACAGUGAUGAAGAGAUUGCGGUGACAAUGGAUGAUUCGGAACUCACGGCAAAAGUAACAACAUUGCCGCCGAAAAUCAUGGAAGUGUUCACAAGUUUGGCGUAUUGCAGUGAAAAUCAAACUCUGUGCGCCGGAACAAAUCAAGGGAACUUGUAUAUUUGGAAGCGUAAUACUGCACUCAUGGCACACGUCAUCAGCAGUGGAAUGGAGAAUGGUAUUAUUGGCUGCGAGUCAAUGGAGAACUUUUGGCACUUGGUGAACAUAGCCAAUGUGCGAGGCGCCAUCAAAUUUUGCAGCUGGGGAGUGUGCGAUGUGUCGACACCAUGUGUUUUAGUCAAUUGCAUAUCAAAUGUUUAUAUCCUAAAGGAGCAACCACUGUUGACGGCAUACUCGCCCAACAUUUGGAUACGACAAAAAUCAGCGACACAACUUUAUGUCGAGCAUUCGAGUAAUUUUUCAACCAUUCUACGAAGUGAUAUCACAGCCAUUACGGGUCUCUGUCUGAACGAACGCAAUCUGGCAAUUACCAAUAAUAAAAAUAUCGCCAUUUAUAAAAUACCUCGAGUCGACGAAUUUAAGGAUACGGCAAACAAUAAGAAUGUGGCCAUCAAACUCAUUCACACAUUCAAUGUGACGGAUUGCAUGCAGAUAUUCAUUUAUGACGAAAUGCUCAUCGUUGUUGGCUAUCAAAAUGCUCGCGUUUAUUCAUUUGGCGGAAUCGUUCUAAAAGAGAUCAAUUUUAAUGACAAUGAAGGAACUCCGAUCGGAGCCUCAUUGACGCAUCAUUUCAUGACGAUUUUCACGAUGAACGGAUUUCUCAAAAUCUACGAUGUAUCGCGACAUGAGCCAAAAUUAAUCGUUCCCGCAAAAUCGGGCUACGAUUUGUUUGGCAAUUUUGGCGAAAUAAUCAUGGCAAAGUCAAAUAAUCAAGGCACACAUUUAGCGAUGACCAUCGCCACUGAAUCAUUCGUUCCUGAUGGGAAGCUAUACAUAUGGGAUAUGGAAAAAGAUCGACUGUCUAAUUUCGAUUUUCUUAACGAGAGCAACCAACAACCCACCGAAAUUGAGAAAAAAAAUCCCAAAGAAGCGGAACAAAGUGCUUUUGUUCGCAGAGUGCCAGUGUCGUUCUGCUGGGACAAUGAAGACGCACGAAUUGUGGCAUGUGAAACGCGUCGAUUGAUACAGCCCAAUGAGAAGCGGCCACCAACCUCAAUGGGCACAAUGCGACCCAAAGAUCCAAAGAAAUCUCCAUCGCAUGGAUCUGGUAGCGAACCAGUGCCUGAUUCGCAAGUGUUCAUCUUGUUUCCGACGAAUGAUGUUCGGAACUUGGUAAAAUCCAUGGAAAUAUUGGAUUUGCAAUUCGGGGAACAACUGAUUGAUAUGUACACGCCAUAUGUGAUUACUCUCAAAGUGGGUCAAAUUGAGCGCAAUGUGCUAACCAACUUCAAAGGUAUUGAAACAACAAGUGAGACAAAUCGAAAGUUAAUAUUGGAUUUCAGUAUUUUUAUCGCUGAUGGGAAAAUGGAUGAAGCGUUUCGCUGCAUUAGAUCCAUACAGUCGGAGACAGUUUGGGAGAACUUGGCAAAGAAGUGUGUACAAACAGGUCGUUUGGAUGUGGCGAAAAUCUGUUUGGGCAAUUUAAAGCGAGCGUUAUCGGUUCGCGCACUUCGUAUGGCCAUGGCUGAUGAGGCGCUAGAGCCAGAGGCAAAAAUUGCCGUAUUAGCCAUUGAACUACAAAUGAUACCUGAGGCCGAAGCUCUGUACAAGAAGUGUGGCCGAUACGAUUUACUCAAUCAAUUGCUGCAGGCAUGCGGUAGAUUUGAAGAAGCGCUGCAGAUAGCCGAGCGUUUGGAUAGAGUUCAUCUGAAGAAUACCUACUUUGAAUACGCCGAAUGGCUUAAGGGAAAUGGGGAUAUUAACAAUGCCAUGAUCUACUAUAGCAAAGCGAACAAUACAGCUCACAAUGUAACGCAAAUGCUUAUUGGCAAUCCAUCGCUUUUGAAGCAAUACAUGAGCGAUUCAAACGAUCCAAAUAUGCUGAAAUGGUGGGCACAAUACACAGAGAGCACUGGAGAUAUGGCUGCAGCGUUGAAGAUUUAUCAAAAGGCUGAAGAUUGGUUUUCACAGGUACGGAUCUUGUGUUUUCUGGGCGAUGUAACAAGAGCAGACGCAAUCGCAAAAGAAAGUAAUGACAAAUCGGCAUGUUACCACUUGGCGCGGCACUACGAGAACACGGGUAAAAUCCAAGAUGCCAUUCAAUUUUACACACGCGCUCAAACCUAUGGAAAUGCCGUACGUAUUUGCAAGGAGCACAAUUUGCCGAAUGAACUGUGGACCGUUGCAAAUUUGGCUCGAUCUCGUGACAAAGCGGUAGCGGCCGCAUUUUUCGAAGAGAUCGAAGACUACAAGCGAGCUGUAGAGUUGUACCAUCGGUCUGGAAUGCUCCACAAAGCGGUUGAAAUGGCAUUCGCUUCAGAGCAACCGGAAACGUUGCAAGUGAUCGCCGCCGAUCUCGAUGCCAAAUCCGAUCCAGAGCUAAUAGAGCGAUGUGCCGAAUUUUUCGUGAGUUCACAACAACCACAAAAAGCGGCAAAUCUGCUGGCGAAUGCAAAGCAAUAUGUUAAAUCAUUGGAAGUGUGUCGAGAGUACAAAGUGCCCAUAACCGAUAAUUUGGCCGAUUUGCUAACGCCAGCCAAAGAAGAAAUUGAGGAACAUGUACGGAUUCGGGUAUUAACUGAAUUGGGUGAUGUUUUACAAGAGCAAGGCGAUUAUCACACUGCUACCAAGAAAUUCACCCAGGCCGGUGACAAAGUUCGAGCCAUGAAGAGUUUACUUAAAUCAGGCGACACAGAAAAAAUUGUCUUCUUCGCAGGAAUGUCACGGCAAAAAGAGGUUUAUAUCAUGGCUGCCAAUUAUUUGCAGUCAUUAAAUUGGCAAUCGGAUGCAAAAAUUCUGAAAAACAUCGUUCAAUUCUAUUCAAAGGCACAUGCGUACGAUUUAUUGGCCAAUUUCUAUGCAAACUGUGCUCAAGUGGAGAUUGACGAAUUUCACGACUAUGACAAAGCCAUCAAAGCACUUCAAGAGGCUUCGAGAUGCAUGGUCAAAAUAACAGUCGACUCAAACACCAUUCAACACAAACGAGUUACAGAUAACUUGCAGAAUGCGUGUGUUGAAGUGAAAAAAGUGCUGGAAAUUCAAGACGCUCUGGACAGGGGCGAGUAUAGCAAUGUUGUGGCGGUUUGUAAGAGUAUGUUGAGCAUUUCAGAACGGCCACCAGUUCGAGCUAUUCACAUACAGGCAAUUUUAAUUGAAGCACUCAUUCGAAAUCGUCGAUAUCCUGAGGCGAUGGAUGCAUUAAAAGAUUUGUCCAGCAAAUCGAGUGACUGGAGCUACAAAGGUUUGUUGGAGAGGCCGUUGAUUGAGAAACUGGCACAUGAAAUGAGCGUUGAAUUUAGUACAAUUUGGAAUAUGGGUCGCCAAGAUAUGACAAACGGUGGUGACGAGACCAGCGAAAAUGAUGAUGAAAUUCAAGAGGAAAUCGAAUAGAAAGCAUGAAAUGUUAAUGUUACCAAAUGCAACCAGUUCGUUAGGACUCGUUCACAUAAAUUUUUUUUCGAGUUUUCACAGAUAAAAGAGAGAAAUUGAGGGUAAAACGAAGAAAGUGUUCUAUUUUAUAUGAGAAAUUAUUGAUACAAAAUUAAAUAAAUAAACAUUUUAAUCAAGAA